CAACAAAUAAAAAAUCAGACAGAGACGGACAUUUCCAUUCGAGCUAACGAGAAAUCGGUUAGCAAUCAUUGGCCGGAGCCAGGCACAAACCUGCAAUGAAGCCCUGGUUGGUUACCUUCCUGAGACGGCUGUUUGGUUGGACAGAAAAUGGCUGCGAAAGGACCAGUCCCAGCGCGGAGCCGCGGCUGCACUACCGCCUCUGCCCGGUAGAGGGCUGCGCUGCGUUCAGGGACUCCUCGCAAGCUCCUAUCUCACAGGACUAACAGGGUAGGGUUCUCAGCGUCUGGACUUGCAGCAGUGAAACAUGGACCCGCCAACUGGGCCGUCAUUGGGGCCUUAUGACUAUGACCUGCUGGUUAUUGGAGGGGGGUCAGGAGGCCUGGCGGUGGCAAAGGAGGCUGCAGGGUUGAGGAAAAAGGUGCUGAUCCUUGACCUUGCGGCUCCGUCUCCAAGAGGCACCAAGAGGGAACUGGGAGGUUCCAGUCUCAACACGGACAGGAUCAGGAAAUUUCUACAACAGGCGUCUCUACUGGGAAAAGCUGUUCAAGACUCCGAGAAAUAUGGCUGGGGGAUGAAAGAUCAUGCGUCUCACGGCUGGAGCGAUCUGGUGGAGGCUGUGCAGGAGAAGGUGAAGGCUCGCAGUACGGAGCUGAGGAGGGUGCUGAAGAGAUGUGGAUGCUUUUACCUCAAUGCUCGUGGAGAGAUAGUAGCGCCCCACACAGUGGAGGCGACGGACAUGAAUGGGGGGAAGAGGCAUCUGACGGCAGAGACCCUGGUCGUUGCUACAGGAGACGUACCUCAGUAUCUGGGUGUACCAGGAGACCAGGAGUACUGCCUGACCAGCGAGGAUCUCCUCUCGCUGCCUCACCCCCCGGGCCGGACCCUGGUGGUGGGCGGGUCUGCGGAGGGGCUGGAGUACGCCGGCUUCCUGUCUGGCCUCGGGCUGCCGGUCACCGUCAUCCCGCAGCCCGACCUGCUCCAGGGGUUCGAUCAGAAAAUGGCAAAGAAGAUUGAGAAACACAUGAUGGGUGGUGGAGUGGAGUUCCUCUCUCACUGUUCACUCACCAAGGUGGAGCAGACUGAAGCCUGCAGUCAGGAUGCUGUUUCAGGAACUUCUGAAACAACACCACAGCAGGCCUCUAGGGGGAGACUUCGAGUGACAAUCGCCUCCAAAGAAGGCCAAACUAAACAGGACGACUUUGAUACAGUGCUGCUCGCCGUUGGAAGGAAAGCCUCCACCAGCGACAUUGGCCUGGAGUGUGUUGGGGUGCAGUGCAGCCAGGACACCGGCAGGAUCCUGGUGAACGAGCGGGACGAGACCAGUGUAGAUCAUAUUUAUGCCAUUGGAUCAGUGCAGCAUGGACGCCCCUCCACUACAGGCCUCUCAGUGUAUGCUGGGACACUGCUGGCCCGUCGACUCUACAGAGAAGACACUAGCUUGUGUGAUUACACCAAUGUGCCCACUGUCGUGCUCACUCCACUGGAAUAUGCUUCCUGUGGUCUGUCUGAAGAGAAAGCCAAUCUGACAUUUGGAGAAGCCGGUGUAGAGGUAUAUCACAGCUCCUACUGGCCCCUGGAGUGGGAGCUUCCUGCCAGGAAUAAAAACUCCUGCUACGUUAAAGUCGUCUGCCACAUCCCCGACGAUGAGCGUGUGGUCGGUCUCCAUGUCAUGGGCCCCAACGCUGGCGAUAUCCUCCAAGGCUUUGUUGCAGCGAUGAAAUGUGGUCUCACUAAACGACAGCUGGACGCCACAGUGGGCAUCCAACCCGGGUCGGCCCAGGUGCUCAGCUCAUUGACCCAAACCCAGCGUAUGUCCGAGGCCUUGAUGACGCGGGGAAAAUGCUGUAGUUAGCCCCCCUGCUGUCAAUCACAGUUGCCUAUGGCAACAGUGCAAGACAGCAGGGAAGGGCUUGCAAUCAUCCGGAAGAGUGAUGGCGGCAGGAUGGCCAACUGACCACACAACGACAGACAGGCGGGCGAGGACCGAUGCUCUGCUGCUGACACACUUCUUGUUUUGUGCGCGCUGGAGUCUGUGCUGCUUUUUAGGUUUGUUUGCAUUUUUUAUGAACUGUUUGCUGCGAGCGUAACUUUGAAAUAUACAGUACCAUUGAUGCAUUUUCAUGGCUUUCAACUUUAAGGAAGAUAAGAUGCUCCCUAAGGUUCUGUCUCUGAAAACCCCUGUAAGCUUUAAUAUAGCUGAGUCUUUAAAGGCUGCAGGAGAGUGAUAAGACUCUGGGAUUUGAUGCAUUUACAUGGAGUGAAAGCUCAGGCUUAUGCUCUGUGUUUUUAUUGCUAUGGCACAAGCCUCAGGGGUUUUACAGCCUUAAUUUCAUGUAAUGAACUAGACGGGGAUUAUGGAAUUACCCAAAUUAAUUGUGUUUAUCGGCAAAUGCUCUCACUUUAAUUGAUGCAUGUGGUGUCUUUAUUGAGACAUUAGGCCAGAGUUCCUGAUGCACUCCCUUGUUUGCUUUUCCUCUUUUAUAUUCCCUCUCUGAUUCAGCGCUGCCAAGCGUAGCGUCUGUCUUAAAACAACUGUUGAAUAUUCAUGCGGAUCAUUAAGUGAAGUGUCUCUGAAUGCAGGGACCGGUGUGCAGAUAUUUCUUAAAAGCAUGCCGCUGACCCUCUAAGGUUUGCCCGCCGCCUCAGCUCCACACUCUGCAUUUCAAUCAGAAAAUGUACAUCUGUGAGCGUAGAACAUGUGUGCGCCCCGUGCAAGGGGCGUCAUUUUCAUUCCCUUUGUGUUUUGCAGCUUCUCACUAAUGCGGCCGCUCCCAUCCAUUCCAUGUUAUUGCCCGCGCUGCCGUGCAUUGUGCUGUUGCUUGCCGAACGUUGCGCCAGUUAGAUGCAAAUUUUCCGAGGUUAUCCUCCAGACCACCUUCUGAUUCUAUCCCUGGCGGACCUGCUUGUGUAAGACAGAUAUCCUAAUUAGAAGAAGUGCGCAGGAGUGUCUCUUUUGGCGUGUGCCUGAAAAUGCCAUUAGGGCAUAAUUUGAUCAAAGCAAAGCAGUUUCUGUGACUUUGUGCAGGUCUCACAGCAAGGUUAAGAUGCUGCGUAGAGGUCUAUCAAUCACUGCCACCUAGUCUUGGACAGCGUUCAGGGCCUCUCACCUGACCCCUGUGCAGUGUGUGCUGUUGCGCCACUAGAUGACACUGUAGCUGUAUGUGGAAUAGGGUAAAAGCACUCUUUUUUUUUUGCAUUUUUGCUUGAGAAGAAGAAAAUAAAGCUGAAUUUUACUGUUACUUGUACUCUGAGCUAUAUCCAUAAACCUCUUAUACUAUCACUUUCAUUACUUACCUCUAGAACUACCACUACUGCAACCAAUUAUGGUUACUGUAACUUCCACAAUAGAUAGUUAUAGAUAUUUAUAUUACUAUCACUGCUUGUGCAUCAUGUGCAAUA